AUGGUGGAUGUGGCGCAGGAGGAUUUAUUAGCUAUUGUUGUGAAUCAAUCUGAAGUAUUACAAGGUGGAGAUUUUGUUGCGCAGGGUACAGAUAGUGUGUUGAUAGAGGAGGAAUGUGCUAUGGCUGCUUCGGUGGCCAGUUUUUCUAAUAUAGAAAUAUUGGUGGAUAACGCUUUGACUAGUAAGGAGGUUUGUUCUGAUUCUAAUACACAGGAACGUGGGAAGAAAAGUUCGAAGGCAAUUGGAAUGAAAGUUCGAAGCAAGCCAUUUCUACGUGAUGAAGUAUUGGAUGACGUAAAAAGGAUGUUGGGUUUUGAUUGUGGUUUCUCGAAUGGGGAUUGGGAUGGUAAAUUGUGGAUAUUUUGGAUGAAUGAUGUAGAUGUGAAUGUGGUGAGCUGCGGUUCUCAACAUGUUACAGUUAUUGUGUCUACUGGUCUGAUGAAAUGUAAAGCUUCCUUUGUCUAUGCUAAGUGUAUGUAUGUUCAACGGCGGGAGCUGUGGGUUGAUCUUGAAAAGGAGAGUAACGGUAUUGAGCCUUGGAUAAUAAUAGGGGAUUUUAAUAUUAUUGCUUCUGAUGUGGAAAGAAGAGGUGGUCGUUCACAUUCCUUGUUGGCGAUGGAGGAGUUCAACUCUUGGAUUCAUUCUUGUGGAUUACUGGAGUUAAAAUUCUUGGGUACAAGUUUCUCUUGGUGUAAUGGGCAGGCUGGGCGUUAUCGUAGCUGGGCUCGGUUGGAUUAUUAUGGUCCAUCUCCAUUCCGAUUUCAACAGAUGUGGGUGGAUCAUGUGGAUUUUUUUAGAUGCGUCCGAGAGGUCUGGGAUCAACCGGUGGUUGGUACUGGCCUCAUCAAGCUUGCGGUGAAAUUAAAGAAAUUGAAGACUGUGCUGAAAGGAUGGAAUAAAACUGUUUUUGGAUGGACAAAUGGGCAUAUUAAGCAGUUGGAGGAUCGGAUAGAGAGACUGGAGGAGAGCUUGCAGCUGAACUAUGAUGAAGAGGUGGAAAGUGAUUUGCUGGUGUCCAAAAUGGAGUUAGAGACCUGGAAUAAUCGUGAAGAAAUGCGGUUAGCCCAGUGUGCGAAAGUCUGUUGGUGGCGUCAUGGAGAUCAAAAUUCGCGUUAUUUUCAUGCUCUCUUGAAUAAACGGAGGCAAUCAAAGAUUACGGAGAUGAGGCUCCCGAAUGGUUUAAUGCUAAAGUCCCCGCAAGAAAUUCAUGAUGGUGCUGUACAUUAUUUUCGGGAAUUCUUGGGGCAGUCGUCUCGAGUAGUACUUCCGGAGCUGAGUGAUUAUGUUUCUAUUGUGAUUUCGGAUGAUGAUAAUCUAAGACUAUGUUCGGUUCCUACAGAAGAGGAGGUGAAACAAGCAGUGUUCAGCAUUCCUAUUGAGAGUAGUCCAGGGCCUGAUGGUUUUGGGUCAGGUUUUUAUAGAGCAUGUUGGGAUAUUGUUAGUUUGGAGGUGGUGGAGGCGGUUCAAGAAUUUUUUCGAGGGGUUCCUCUUCCCAGAUUCUACACUGCUUCUUUUGUAGUACUUAUUCCAAAAAUGGAUCAGCCGACCGGAUUUGAUAAGUUUCGGCCUAUUAGCUUAUGUUCCGUCUUCUACAAAAUCUGCACUAAGGUUUUGGUGGCGAGGCUUGCUCCUUUAUUAUCCUCUUUGAUCUCUUCUGAGUAA